CCUAAUUGCAAGACAAUUGCGGGGUUGGUUACCAGCCAUUCGGACAGUUGCAACGGCCGUACAUUGGAACAAGCAGCUGUCCUCUACUCAAUCAUUGUUUUUAACACACAAGCCGUUUAUAUAAACAUGUCCUCCGAUGAGAAUCCUCAAACAAGGACGCCGCUGCUUGGCAGUCGUCAAGAAGUAGGAGGGGCCGGGAUACGCCCAACCUCCGGCAGCUUCCAGGACAAGAGUGGCGGCGUAACAUCGUUCGUCUCCAACAUCUUCCGUGGCGGGCUUUUCUCGCCGCCGACGUUGACGUACGACCCGCUGCUCUUGCUGUUGAACCACGACGAGGAGAGUGAAAGAGACAGGCUCACAGAGAAGUGGAAAGACAACAAGUUACAAGAACUCAACUUUGUUGGUGUAGUGGCUGCUCUGCUCGCUAAUGUUCUGACUUCGACUGGUUCGUGGCCGAACCUGCUGCCGCCAGAAACCACGACACCAUGGACUGUUAGGACUUGCUGGUUCUGCGGCAUCGCUUUCGCCCUUGCUAGCGUCUUGACAGCAGCAGACCAAACCAUCCGGCUCCACAGGAUGGCGGGACACAGAGACGGUCUCAUGUUGAUUAGACAGUCGUUGGGCACCAAAGAUCGAGUCCUCAUUGGCACCGAAUGGAAGUAUCGGCCCCGGAAGAUGCAGGCCUAUGUAUGGCAGCUUGGAGUUUUGUUUCUGUCGGGAUCCGUGCUGUGCAUGGUGUUGGGGAUAGUAUUCCUCGUCUGGAGUGCCGUGAUCGAGGAUAUUGUGAGAGGAGUGGGCUUCGGUGACAAUGGAAAGGUUGCCGUGAUAUUCACUGUCGUCGCUUUAGCCACUACUGUCAUCUUUAUCAUGGGACAGGCAACUCUAUAUCAUCCUGUGCCAAAGGAAGGCGACGUCGAGGAGGCCGAGUAGUUCAAGGUGAAGCCCAACCACAAUUUUUUUUCUUUCUUUCUUUUUUUUUCUUUCUUUCUUUUUUGCUUUUUCUCUUACGCGUCAAAAUUCAACACGAAAUCUGUCUGCUGUAUCGACUGGAUUCACAUAAAGAUUGAAGCCGCGUGAUCAAACCCAUCUGCAGAGCAAUAUCUCAGGGUGUUC